UUUCCGCGGAAACGCGAAAGCGAGAAUCAUGAUUGAAAAACACCAAAUAACUUACAAAAAAUGAUAGUGAUCGUGUGUUGGAAGUGUUUGUUUUAAAUUAAUCACCUACUCUAACCCUGUGAUUUUUUAGUGAUCAGUUUCAGUCGUGUUUUUAAAUUAGUAAUGUUGCGGCGAGUCAACUUCUACUCAAUAUGUAUUGCGUUCGGUCUCAGUGUUCUUUUAAUACUUGCUGGAAGUCGAUAUACAGAUAACACCAAUUACCGUCCAUCUGAGAGUCGCAGGAAUAUAAGAAAUUUUCUCAAACCAAUCGAAGACGUCGAUGAGAGUUCGCUGCAACCGAUCCCGACGAACGCAGACGAUGGUACCCCUGACGUCGAUAAAAUAUUAGAUAGAACUCGGUUAAAAAUUAAACAUGAGUUGUGGAACUAUAAUUUCACCCAGUCUGGUGUUCAAAACCUUGAUGGUUUACUCAUGGAAUCGGGAGGCCAGCCCUUUAGAAGUUUGAUCAUAUCUACUUGGAGGUCGGGAACAACUUUUCUUGGGGAAGUUCUUAACUCUGUGCCAGGGAAUUUUUAUCAUUAUGAGCCAUUUUUAAACUUUGGCAUUGUACAAAUAAGAGGUACUCCGGAAGCUGACAAAGCCUUGAAAACUAUUAAAAAGAUGUUUCAUUGUAAUUUUGAUGGCAUGGAAGACUAUUUUGAAUAUGGAAAAACUCACUGGCAUCAGUUUAGCCAUAACACAAGACUAUGGGACCAUUGUAAAUAUAAGAAAGAACUGUGUAUUGAUGCUGAUUUUACUUCCAGGUUUUGCAAGUUGUUUCCUUUUCAAAGUAUGAAAGUAGUACGUGUUAGGUUACGCCUCGUAAAGCAGUUGUUGCAAGAUAAAGAGCUUAAUCUGAAAGUAAUCCUUUUAAUCCGAGACCCUCGUGGUGUGAUGCAAUCAAGGCAACACCGUAACUUCUGCCAGCCUGCACCGGACUGUUGGAAACCUGAACUACUCUGUGCUGACAUGAUCAGUGAUUAUGUAGCUGCUGCAAGACUCAAACAGGAAUAUCCACAUCGGUUUAUGGCUUUAAGAUACGAAGAGCUGGCACUGAGUCCGAACAGCACUUCGUAUGCACUGCUAAAGUUCCUAGGUUUGGGUAUAACACCGUCAAUUGACGAGUUUCUUCACUCACACACAAAUGUUGAGGUGGCUGGCGUCAGCUCCACCUUCAGGGUCUCCCGCGAUGUGCCUUUCAGAUGGAAGAAUGUUCUAGAUUUUAAUUAUGUUGAUGAAAUACAGAUGACAUGCAAAGAGGCUAUGUCCCUGUGGGGAUACCGCAACGCGCACAACUCUACGCACAUGACCAGCAAAGACUACAAUCCGCUCGACCAGUAUUCCCUAACGCAGUGAAUUUAUCAUUUCGCCAUCGAGUUUCUAAUCACUUCUGGAUAAUUUGCUGUCAGCAAUUUCAUACGUUUAGGUUAUUUAUCACAUGAUGCUCCAUUAUUUAUUUAUGUAUUAUAUAAGGGAGAUGGACGAAUUGUUAUACGACUAAGAGUUUAAAAUGAAAUAAAAACCGGCUUAGUGUGAGUUGAACUUGCACGUGAAGGUUUUCGUACCAAGGUCCAAUGUAAACAAUACAUGUAUUAAAAUUACUAAGAUCGACCAAAAAAACAUUAAAAAAAACACGUUACUUGAAAGGAGACUCCAUAUUGAUUUUUAACUUUUUUUUAAAUGUUGAUAUACCGGCAAUGGUUAAUAAACUGCAACUCUCUAUAUAUUGAUACAGCCCGCUGACAGACGGACUUAAACAGCGGAGCCUUAGUUAUAGCCACCUUCGGGUACGAAAUCCUGGAAAGAUAAUUGAAACCACAGAAUUAAGAACAUCCAGAAACCGUGUACACGACUAAUAUUGAAGCGUAAAAAACCACUCCACUUUAGAAUGUUUCUCAAACAAACGGACUAAAAGUCGCUUCAUAAAUCCUCUCACUCCAUUUAGCAGUUGACAGUAAUUGUUUUACCUCUAAAGUUCUAAGCGUUCACCAUAAAAUGGUAAACAAAUUGUGAGCUGGCAAAAUUACGCGGGUGUGAAGUGAGA